CCGGGAGGAGCCGGGAAGGGCCGGGAAGGGCCGGGACGGGCCGGGACGGUCCGAGCGGGACGGGACGGGCCGUGCGUGAGCGGCUCGGCGAGCCCCCGGCGCCCGCGGGCAGCGCCAUGGCCGAGACGAUCAUCAUCCGCGUGCAGUCGCCGGAGGGAGUGAAGAGAAUCACGGCCACCAAGAGAGAGACGGUGGCAACGUUCCUCAAAAAGGUCGCCAAGGAAUUUGGCUUCAGGAAUAAUGGCUUUUCCGUGUACACCAACAGGAACAGGACAGGGGAGAUCACAGCAGCCCAGAACAAAUCCCUCAACCUGCUCAAAAUCAAGCACGGGGAUAUGCUGUUCCUGUACCCCCUGAGCCCAGCUGGCUCCUCCUCAGAGACCAUGGACACCUCUGUCUCCCAAAAUUCCCGGCCUGGGGGUGCCCCCCAGGUGGUGGAGGAUGAGAUCGACCAGUACCUGAUCAAGCAGGACGGGAAGAUUUACCGGAACCGAGACCAGCAGCUGUGUCGUCACGGCCCCCUGGGUAAAUGUGUUCACUGUGUCCCACUCGAGCCGUUCGAUGAGGAUUAUUUGAACCAUCUGGAGCCUCCUGUGAAGCACAUGUCAUUCCAUGCCUACAUCAGGAAGCUGACCGGAGGGGCAGACAAGGGGAAGUUUGUAGCCCUGGAGAACAUCAGCUGUAAGAUCAAGUCGGGGUGUGAGGGACACCCUCCCUGGCCAGAGGGGAUCUGCACCAAGUGCCAGCCCAGCGCCAUCACCCUCAACAGACAGAAAUACAGGCAUGUUGACAACAUCAUGUUUGAGAACCACACAAUUGCAGAUCGCUUCCUAGACUUCUGGAGGAAGACAGGGAACCAGCAUCUGGGCUAUCUGUACGGCCGGUACACGGAGCACAAAGACAUCCCCCUGGGCAUCCGGGCAGAGGUGGCGGCCAUCUAUGAACCCCCCCAGAUCGGGACACAGAACAGCCUGGAGAUCCUGGAGGAUCCCAAAGCCGAGGUCGUGGAUGAGAUCGCGGCAAAGCUCGGCCUGAGAAAGGUCGGCUGGAUAUUCACUGACCUGGUCUCUGAGGACACACGGAAAGGCACCGUUCGAUACAGCAGGAACAAGGACACGUAUUACCUGAGUGCAGAGGAGUGCAUCACAGCUGGCAACUUCCAGAACCAGCAGCCCAACAUCUGUCGCCUCUCCCCAGAUGGGCACUUUGGAUCCAAGUUUGUCACGGUUGUGGCUACAGGUGGUCCUGACAACCAGGUGCACUUCGAGGGGUACCAGGUGUCGAACCAGUGCAUGGCCCUGGUGCGGGACGAGUGCCUCCUGCCCUGCCGGGACGCACCGGAGCUGGGCUAUGCCAAGGAGUCCAGCAGCGAGCAGUACGUGCCUGAUGUGUUCUACAAGGACAUAGACAAGUUUGGGAACGAGAUCACCCAGCUGGCUCGCCCGCUGCCGGUCGAGUACCUCAUCAUAGACAUUACUACAACUUUCCCCAAGGAUCCAGUCUACACUUUUUCUAUUUCUCAAAAUCCAUUCCCCAUCGAGAACCGCGAUGUGCUGGGAGAAACUCAGGACUUCCACAGCUUGGCCACGUACCUGUCCCAAAACACAUCCUCCAUUUUCCUAGACAUCAUUUCUGAUUUCCAUCUGCUCCUCUUCCUGGUCACAAAUGAGGUCAUGCCUCUGCGGGACAGCAUCAGCUUGUUGCUGGAAGCCGUGAGGACCAAAAAUGAGGAGCUUGCACAGACCUGGAAAAAAUCCGAGCAGUGGGCGACCAUCGAGCAGCUCUGCAGCACGGUGGGUGUCCCGCUCUCGGGAAUGCAGGAAUACGGCGCCAUGGGGGGCUCGUCGCACGCCGUGGCCGCAGCCAUGUGGCCCUGCCAGCACUGCACCUUCAUGAACCAGCCGGGCACGGACCACUGCGAGAUGUGCAGCCUGCCCCGUUCCUAGCCCCGCUCCCGCCCCGAGCCUCCCCGGAGCAGCCGGCGCGGCGCUUGUCCCUCCCCUUCCUCCCUUCAGCUUCCAGCUCCGGCUGCGGAGCCGGGCACGGGGUGGCUCCAGCCCCCCAGUUACUCCUCGCUCCCUUUCGGGGGCCAUCCCGGAGCCGCUUGGUGCUCCCAGCCCGGAGAACUGACGCUUCCCCUCAGCCUGUGCCCAGGGCUGGCCCCCCACCAUCCCCACUGCUGCCAGCCUGCCAGGGGGACCCAGGGGGGCUCAGGGGGUGACUGUGCCCACUUCCCUCCUGAGGAGAUGGGGAGGCUUUGGCAUCUCCCUGCCUGCAGCUUUGCUCCAGUUCCCUGCCCGUGGGGGCGCCUGGAUCCCCAAGAGCUCCAGCACCGACUGGCCCCGCGGGGUGGGCGGGUGGCUUUGAUGUUCCUGGAGCAGGACGGGACACCGGGCACAGGGUGGGCACCUGCCAGCUCUCAGCUUGGCACCCUGUGGGGACUGCAGGAGGGGUGUCCCCUCCGGGUGCUGUGUCACCCCACAGAGCCUGAGUGGGCUCCUGGGGAAGGGGUGACAGGACAGCCACGUAACCUGGGCACCCACCUCACCUCCAGCGUGUCCCGGGAGCUGGUGCCUUCCUUCCCCCAUGUCCUCAUCCCUCCGGAGCGUGUCCUGGCUGGAGCUGGGACUCGGGGCUCUUGCCCCCACCCUCCCUUUAGCCCCUGGCUGGAGCUGCCCCGGGCAGAGGUGGAUGAUGGAGGUGCCUGUCCUGGAGCCCCCCUGUCCUGUCUCUGCGGCUCUGGUUCAAUCCCAGGGGCACUGGGAUUGUGUCCCAUCGUGGGAGGGGGACUGGAGGCCCCAUCCUGCUCCAGGACAGGGUGUCCUGGUGUCCAGCAGGGCAGGGACCCUCUGGCUCCCCCGCCCCUCACUGGGGCUCUCCGAAGGCUUCAUCCCAAGGCCCGGCUCUGGGCUGCGGUUGCUUUUCCCUGGGUGUGCUGGGGUUUGGGGGUGCAGUGCUGGGGGGCGCCCGGGCACGGGGGCUGCGAGUAACGUGGAAUAAAAGCACCUCAAACCAGA